AUGUCUGACAUUCGCAGUUUUACUGCUCGUCCAUUGUCAAAGCAGCAAGCACGGAAGGACCUCAAAGAUGCAUUUCGUGUCUAUCUAUCCUCCUCUUCGUUAGCUGCGCUAAGGCUCCAAACCGAGAGCAUCUGCACGCUAAGGCAAGCGGAUGGGCCGCCGCAGACUGCCAUAGCAUGGUAUGCGUCAGAGAACAUCCAGAGCACAGUCAUGCAAAUAUCAAGGACACUGCAGGAAUGCUAUGAUAUCAAGAUUGGAGAGAAAGUUUCUAUCACCAGGGCUGAAGGCCCCCUAGACAACGUCGACAUAGUGACAUUGGCGGACUGUUCAGAUCCCGAGAAAAUUGCCAAACAUGGCUCAAUUUCAGAAAGUGACAGAUCCCACUGGGAAUGGGCCCUGGAUGAAAAGCUACUCCGAUGCGGGAGUUUGACGACAGGCUUGACGUUUGACCUGGAGCUCAGGGGACAACCCAGGAGUUUUCGAGUGGUUAAUAUUCAUUCACAGAACCCUCACUCUAGUCAUACUCUUUUUCAGUUCACAGAGGCUUCCAAGGUUUCCCUUGGCCCAGUCAUCGAAAGAAAAGAAGAAAAAUCUUCAGGCAUAGAGGUGCAAUCUACUGGUCUUGGAGGCCUCUCCCGCCAGAUUGACGACAUCAAUGAAAGUUUGUCUGAUUUCAACAUUGAUCCACGGAAGCCGGCGAUGCCAUCAUUCUACGAGAACAGCCGAGGGAUUUUACUCUAUGGACCAAAGGGGACAGGCAAAACAAGUCUUCUAGAACAUAUCGAGAAGGCUGGCUGGAAGCAAACAUUCAAAGUCGGCAUGUCAACUUUGGGGAGAAGUACCCAUGAGGGCGAGGUUAAGCUGCGAAAUAUCUUCCAGGAGGCGGCUCGCUCUAACCCCAGUGUCAUCAUCAUCGAUCAGCUGGAUUUUAUUGCCCCCAAGCGAACCUCGAUUGAGUCUCAUUCCCUUGCAUCUGUCCUUUGUGAGAACCUAGAUGCUAUCCGAAACACAUCGAUCCUCGUGGUGGCCGCAACAAGACACCCCAAUCAAGUCGAUGACGCCCUCAGAACGCCCCAUCGACUCGGGACAGAAAUUGAGAUACAAGUCCCUACCGCUCAGGACCGAGCUGAAAUACUACGUGCCAUUCGGGGGCCAGUAUCUGCUGGUCUAACGGACGAGCUGGUAGACCUACUAGCAGAAAAGACACACGGAUACGUUGGAGCCGACCUUUUCGCCCUUCUGCAAUUGGUCUGUCGCAAAGCCCGACAACGACAACUCGUGGAACAAAACUCCACAGCCAUCUCGGCCAGCCCGACCGACCCAUAUAGCUGGCAUCAUGGAGGUUUCAGCGAGGAUGAACCGGCCAUCUCAUUGGAGAUACAAGAAACAGAUAUUCUGCUUUCACUGCAGGAAAUUCGUCCCACAGCCAUGCGGGAAGUAUUCUUGGAAACCCCAAAGGUGAGAUGGUCAGACAUCGGUGGACAGCAUGAUAUCAAAAAGCGCCUCCAACAAGCGGUUGAGCGACCCUUGAAGUCUGUGGUGAACCCAGAAGUCGACUUGGAUAAUCUGGCAUCUCUGACCGAGGGCUAUUCUGGUGCCGAGAUUGUGAGCAUCUGUGAAACUGCGGGAGAUGCAGCACUUGAUGAGGAGGAGGAAACACAGCAGGAGCAGGAUGUGCAGUGGAAACACUUUGAAUAUGCACUGGGACAAGUGCGGCGGCAAAUUACGGAUACUGUCAUCGAAGAGUAUGAGAGAUGGAGAGAGGGCCAGAAGACCGAGCACGGUCUCAAUCUUUACAUCGUUCGAAACCCCGAAGUGAAAGCCCGUCCCGAAGCCUUACCCGAAGUCCGUCACGCGGACGACGCGAUCGCUAUCGUUCAAAAACCCGAUCACGAUCCCCGUCUCGUGGUCGAACCCGGUCUCGCAGUCGCAGUCGAGGUGGUCGCCGUUACAAUAGCCGAAGCGAAAGCCGCUCACUUACUCCCAAUCCUAGCCCUCCAAGAAGUGCUAAGAGCUGACUUCUCUUCUACUCAACAGAUCGUGGUAGAAAAAUUGACAAAAAAUGUCACAGAGAAUCACAUCCGAGAGAUCUUCGGGGGCUUUGGGGAGAUAGAGUAUCUCGAUCUUCCAAUCAACGAAGCUUUCAUGACAAAUAGGGGAACUGCGUAUAUCCUUUACUACGACCCCGCUGAUGCGGAGGCAGCCAUUGCCCACAUGCACGAGGCUCAGCUUGACGGGGCCAUUUUGAAUGUCUCAAUCGUUCUCCCUCGCCGUAAAUUCUCACGCUCCCCACCCCCUGCAUCAAUUCGAGGGAAGGGCGGCCGCCCCAGACUGCAUCGAGAUCACGAUCUCCAGUUCGUUCCCGAUCAUACUCUUCUCGAUCUCGCUCACCGCCACCCCGCAGAGGUAGUCCUCGCGCAGACUCGCGGCAUCGACGACGCCGGAGCCCAAGCUACAGCAGUUAUGGUUACAGCAGCCGAAGUCGCAGUCCAGACCGGAACCGAGGCCACAAUCGAUAAUGAACGCCGAGGGUUUUCCAGUCCCGUUUCUUGCUGCGUACUGGUUCAACCCUAA